ACGGCGUAGAGCGAUGCCCCCUCUCCCACACGUCGCCAUGAACAAAUGAAUUCGCGGGGAAUUAAAUAUCAAUUUCACAAAGGAGAGCGAGUCCUGUGCUUCGAGCCCGACCCCACCAAGGCUAAAGUCCUGUAUGACGCUAAGGUCCUUGAUGUCCUGAUUAGUACAGAUGAACAUGGAAGAAGAAUCCCAAAGUACCUGAUUCACUUCAACGGUUGGAACAGAAGCUGGGAUCGUUGGGCUGCAGAGGAUCAUGUCCUAAGGGACACUGAGGAAAACCGUAAAUUGCAACAUAAACUGGCUCGCAAAGCUCUAGGUCGCAUGAAGAGAAGGGUAUGGGCCAAGCGGCGGCGUCGUCAGUCUGGUACUAAAUCCUCUCUGAAGACUCUCCCGAAGGAGGACGACAGUGAUGACCCAUGUUUGAUUUCAUCUUCAGAGAGUAGUGACGGGGACGACUCGGACCCUGAAUCUUCAAAUAGUGGCGACAGCACUUUCUCUGAGGAUAUCAACAAAAUGAGAGUGGAGCCGGACAUUAAUGUUAAAAGGGAAUGUGAGGAGAAGAUCGUCCACGUUGACAUCAACAUCCCAGACGCUCUGAAGAAGAAACUGGAGGACGACUGCUUCUACAUCAACAAGAGGAAGAAGCUGGUGAUGGUUCCCUGUCAGACCAACGUGGUUCACAUCCUGGAGUCCUACGUCAAACACUUUGCCAUCAACAAAGCUUUCAUGGCCAACGAGAGAUACAGACGCCAACAGAACACCACGCAGAACAGCAGCCCCCAGCCGGUUCCUCCGGAGAAGAGCGAGGAGUUGUGUAAGGAGAUGGUGGACGGCCUGAGGAUCACGUUUGACUUCACAUUACCCAUGAUCCUCCUCUACCCCUGUGAACAAGCCCAGUUCAAGAAGGUCAGCUCCUCCAGACUCUUCCUGGCCGCCAACGAAAGCUCCCCCUGCUCCAGCAACGCCCAGAGAGAACGCAGCCCGAGUCCCCCGGGUCACAACCCCCCCACCCCCCAGUCCACCGACAGCCAACCGGCUCUGAGUGACAUAUCUGCCACCACGCCCACGGCCCCCGCCCCCACCCCCAAGCGCCGCCGCCACCCCGACAUGGACUGUAUCUCCUUCCAGUCCCAGUCGCUGAGACGCUCCACCAGGAACACGUCCGGAGGGGACCGGCCCGCCGAGGGCAGCAGUGGAGGUGGAGGCAGCGCCACGGCGUCCCCGCAGCUCAAACGGCGCUGGGUGGACCCGUCUUCAUCCCAGCCCAAGUUCUUCCUCAACCUCGACAGAAAAACCCCGGUGCACAGCGGCUCCUCGUCCCCGUUGCCCUUGACGCCAAGCAAAGAGCGAAGUGGUCCUUUCUACGGCCUCGAGAGCCGCAGAAACAAUGAGCUUAAUGAGGUGUUGAGCUGGAAACUGACCCCUGAUAACUACCCUCUGCACGACCAGCCGCCCCCUCCCUCCUACCUGUACGGGGCUCAGCACCUCCUGCGCCUGUUUGUGAAGCUUCCUGAGAUCCUGGGGAAGAUGCAGAUCCCCGAGAGGAACCUCCGAGCGCUGGUCAAGCACCUGGAACUCUUCCUCAGGUUUCUGGCAGAAUUCCACGAGGACUUUUUCCCCGAGUCCGCCUAUGUGUCGGCGUCGGAGGCCCACUACAGCAUGAAACAGCCCCGGCCAAUUUACUGAAGGAGGCGCUGGCUUCCUUUGCGUGUCUCUACCCCGGCCUCCCCUUCAGCUCCCUCUACCCUAACCUCCCCUUCAGCUCCCUCAACCCUAACCUCCCCUUUAGCUUGCCUCUACCCUAACCUCCCCUUUAGCUUGCCUAUACCCUAACCUCCCCUUCAGCUCCCUCUACCCUAACCUCCCCUUUAGCUCCCUCUACCCUAACCUCCCCUUUAGCUUGCCUCUACCCUAACCUCCCCUUUAGCUUGCCUCUACCCUAACCUCCCCUUUAGCUUGCCUCUACCCUAACCUCCCCUUUAGCUUGCCUCUACCCUAACCUCCCCUUUAGCUUGCCUCUACCCUAACCUCCCCUUUAGCUUGCCUCUACCCUAACCUCCCCUUUAGCUUGCCUCUACCCUAACCUCCCCUUUAGCUUGCCUCUACCCUAACCUCUCCUUUAGCUUGCCUCUACCCUAACCUCCCCUUUAGUUUGCCUCUACCCUAACCUCCCCUUCAGCUCCUUUUAAACAAACCUCCCCUUUAGCUUGCCUCUACCCUAACCUCCCCUUUAGCUUGCCUCUACCCUAACCUCCCCUUCAGCUCCCUCUAUCCUAACCUCCCCUUCAGCUCCCUCUAUCCUAACCUCCCCUUCAGCUUGCCUAAACCGACCCGUCGGGCUACAGAGGAAAAAAUCGCAGCUGUCUCUGGGGUUCAGCUGCUCUCCUGGAUAGAGAUGUUCAGAUACCAUUUUUUCCUUCCUGAUACCGAUUUCCGAUACUUGUGCUGUGGGUAUCGGCCAAUACCGAGUACCGAUCCGAUACCAGUAUGUUAUAAAAAGAAAACCCUUUGUCAAACAUGAGUAAAUACAGCAAAUUUAAGCCAUUUAUUUUUAAAUAAAACAGUAUACAAAACAGUAGUGCAACAGCAACUUAAAUGCAUAAAUCUAGGAAUAUAUUUAAAUCAAAGUGCAGCCACAAUAUAAGCUUAACAGAGCGAACCAGUAAAUAGAUUACUAAUUUAAUAAAUUAGGUGGUAUCGGAUCGGUGCCUGGACUCCAGUACUCGCCGAUGCUGCAUUUUCUGCAGUAUCGGAGCAAUUUCCGAUACUGGAAUCUGAAUCGGAACAACUCUACUCCUGGACCGACCUUUUCUUUCCUCUGACCUAACAUUUCCCGCCUUCUCCUCGUGGAACCAGCUGCUUCUUCCAUGCCACUAACCCUUUGUUGGACUUUCCUGCAUGCCGAGCCACCCCGCUCCGCUUUGCCUCUUUUGUAGGCUUCGUGCAGGAAACGGCUGCUGCUGAAUCCCCUAUAAAAGCCUUUUCCCGCUUGUCUUCUGUUACCUGCUCCACGCUACGGCUGAAAAGCUCCCCAGAUAUCUUUGAGACAGCUCUGAGUCUCUCAGCUGUGGAAGCAGACUGAACUGCACUGCUUGGCAGCUUUUUCCCAAUCUGACUUUGUCACUUAUAGCCACAAUAAAAAUAUUGUGGCGUGUUCAUAGAAGGGAGACAAACACAGAUUGAAAAAGCCCUGUUUGCUUCUUCUUCCUGCCCAAAUAAACAAAUUUUGGAAGCUCUUUCUGGAGCCCGUUUGGUGGCUUGGCCCGUCUUUUUCUAGUGACUUUCUGUAAGCGCUUCCCAUGUGAUUCCUCUGAACCUCCAGUCGGACCUGCUCCUCCUGCUGCUCCUUCUGUCUCGGAGAUGCUUCGCUACUUUUGAGCAGUUCUAAUUUACUGACUCUUUAAAAAAAAAGAAGGUUUCAUGCAGGAAUCUUGUUGUUCCUGUGCAUCUCUGUAGUUCUUUUCAGUGAGAGAAUUUCUUGUUUCUUAUUGUUUUGUCUUGCUUUUGAUUUGUGCAUGUCUGAUAAAUGUCUAGCUGCUUUUUACUUUCUGCCUGUUUCGCCUCAUUGUUGCCACGUUCUUGCAGAAAGGAGAAGCUCAAUGGUGUUGUUCUGUGUACAUCAUAUCUGAGAGUAAACAAUGUGUUGCUCCUUCGUUUUCAUGCACAAAGUAACCUCAUAAUAUCUUGUUCUGAUGGUAAACCUAUCUGCAGGUUAUCUUGAUAUAUCUUGAAGUAUUUGCAAAAAGUUAAUUGACUGUCAGAAAGAUUCUUAAUCACUUCAAUGUGUCAAAAACAAAUUUGCAUUUUAAAACCAUCCGCUAAAUAAAUUCUGGUGAAUGUAACUAAAGUGAUGCUUUGGUUUCCUUCGUGACAUUGUGAAGAUGUAAAUAGAAACCACCCGUUGAUGACAAUGUUAUUUAUUUUUUUAUUUUCACACCACUGGAUCACUCUGUUCAUGUGCUUGUUGAUUUGGUUAUAAAAUACUUGAUUGACUCAUUCCAAACUUGAUAAUAAUGCAGUUAGUUUGUAUCAAAUCCAUCUGUCUAUAUAGGAUCAAAUAAAAGGCUGUCUGUUCCCCGUGAUAUGUAGGUUACAAUAUCAUAAGCCUGUUUUUUUUACUUUAUUUUUUUAGGAUGUUUGUUUCCUUUCAGCUCUGUUUUCUUCAUAGAGUUUAAAUAAAGACUUUCAUCUGACCAUG